GCUGAAGCUCUUACGUUGCGCCCGAAACACCGACCCAGCAACACGACACGACGCACAACAAGACGAGAGAAUAGCGAAGGUCGACGCCAUGUUCAACGCGCUCAACCGGUUUAUAUCGCGCCUCGAUGGCGAGCCAAUGCCGGCCGCCAAGGGAAACCAGCACGGGGGAUUCGGGUUCCAGGUGCUGCGCAACACCAACCAACAGCUGCCCAUCGAGCCCUGGUUCGACUUCAUCGUGGGCAUCAACGGGCGCGUGAUUGACGAUUCCGACCCCAGGCUGUUCGCCCAGGAGGUGCGCAACUGCGCCGGCAACAACGUCAUGCUCGGGCUCUGGAGCGCAAAGGGCCAGCGGACGCGCACGCUGCACAUACCCGUCCCCGCCGACACGGGCUCGCUGGGGCUGACGCUGCAGUGGACGGCGCUGUCGGUGGUGUCCAACAUCUGGCACGUGCUCGACGUGCCGGCCAACUCGCCGGCCGACGCCGCCGGCCUGCUGCCCUACAGCGACUACAUCCUGGGCACGCCCGAGGGGGUGCUGCACGGCGAGGGGGGCCUGAGCGAGCUGGUCGAGGACCACAUCGGCCGCCCCCUGCGCCUGUACGUCUACAACAACGAGUACGACGUCACCCGCGAGGUGACCAUCCGGCCGAGCCGCGACUGGGGCGGCCAGGGCGCCCUCGGCUGCGUCCUGGGCUACGGCGCCCUGCACCGCCUGCCCGCCCCGCUGAGCGAGCCCGUGAACGCGCCGGGCGAGACCUUGUUCGACGGAGACGCUUCCUUUACCGGCCAGACCGGGUUUGUGCCGGCAACAGCUGCGGCGGCAGCAGCAGCAGCAGCAGCGAGAGUCGGGUCGCCCGGCACGACGGCAACGACGCCGCCGCCGCCACCACCACCGCCGCCGUCGGGGUCGGCGGACUUGCUGGUGCCGGCGCAGUUGGUGGGGGCGCAGGUCGCGCCAGCGGAGGCGCCGCCGAGGAGCAAGAAGAAGGAGCGGCCGCACCGCGGGGGGCCGAAUCUCAUGGACGACUACUUCAGGGAAGAGGAGAAGAAGAGCAGAGAGCUGGACCGCGUGCCGAGCGGGAGAAACUCGCCGCUCCCGCCGCCGCCCAAAGGGGGACCACCGAGGGGAGGGCCGCCCAGGGCGGGGAGCACGCCCCCAAAGGAGGAAGGGGGCGAGUGAAUUUGAUCGGUGCGAAAUCUUAGCAGACAUGGAAAAUAUGACUCCCUCUUUUUUUCUUUUUUCCCUUUCGCGCAAUCGGUUCUAGUGUAGCAGCGGCCGCGCCAACAACCCCAUGAGAACUCCGGCCGUAUCGUUUUACAGUCCCAAAAAAAAUAUACCACAGAAGAGAAGAAGAAAAGAAAAGCGAGCAAGCAACGCAGGCAAGCCACGUCUGGAUAUAUCCAUCCCACCGCCCUCUCCCACGCGCCCCAUCUCUGCUUUGAGCUCCCAUUCCCUAGUUGAUAAAGUUGACGCAAAAAAAGUGCAGGAUCAGGCUGCACACGAUGUAGUCGGCAAAGGCGCUGCCCCGCGUGUCAGCCGUCCGCUUCAUCAAGAGGUGCAAACGGAACAAGGGAAAAUAUAUAUAUAUAUGUAU